UUCAAAAUUUAAAUGCUCGUCGCAUGGCCAUCCAUAGAGGACGUACGCGGCACAGGCAUAAACAAAACCUUUGCAUGUUGACAGGUGUAUGUUGGUGGUGGUGCUUGUAAACAAGAUUUGCGAAUCGACGACAUCCAAUUAUGGAUUGAUCAAGUUUCUGAACCAUGGAAGUUGGAAACAAAAAGCUCAGAUCAAUUUUCAAACAAGUGCAAAGUUCGGCCAAAGUUUUAUCGACGGGAGAUCGCCCACGAUUAUCCAGUGUUUCAUCUCCGAAUAGCGUAUGCCAUGAUGAAGAUGGUGGCAAGCCAACGAUUGAUUUAUCAACGGCAAUCGAAUACAAUUACUGUUUGAUCAAUUCGUAUGUGCAAGAACGGUGCCAACGUACUUUGUCUCCAUACGAAGAGAUGGUCAAAACAUUCACCAGUGCCGAGGAUGAAGAUGGCAUCAUUGAAUCAAUCGGCUCAGAGUUUUUUCUUGAUCCAAGUCAACCAGCUGACCAUCAGUCACCGGACUGUGAUGAGUUGGAAUUCGAUAGGAACAAUAACGAUUUGUUGGAACAGGCCAAAAUAAUGGAAAAGUGUGUUCUUUCGAAAUUGCCUCCACUGAGCCAGGCCGAUGAAUUGCUCAACUACAUUGAACUAGAGAAAAAGAAACUUACUGGUCAACAGACGAUCGUGUCGAAACGAUUGACUGAGAUGAUACUGGCCAACGAUGGUCACUUUCAAUCGGAAUUGGCACGUGUCCGAUGCAUCGAACAGGAUUUGGCAACAGCCAUACACACCUGUGUGGAUGGCCGUCGAGCUUUUAGAGAAUCGAAACGAAAUUUUACCCAAACCAGCAUGACCAUCAUCGAUAACCAUCGACUACGUGAAGCAAUCAUUCAGAUCAUCGAUUGUCUGCAAGCGAUCAAACGACUGAGAGAGACGGUCGAACGCAUCGAUUAUAUGCUCCAGUACGAAAAGAACUUUUCCACGGCCAUCGAUUUGUUAGACAAACAGAUGGACAUUCUCGAAUCACUUUCCGAAAAGUAUAGUUGUGUGGCCGAAAUGCGAGAUCGACUGCUGGUGGCCAUUCAGUUGGUGGGCGAUCAGAUGGACGCCGUGUUGGCCAAGAUGUGCGAUCGAUUCUGUGUCCGAACCUAUCGACAACUGGUCAAAGCAUAUUCUCAGAUUGGCAAAACAGAAUCAUCGCUGCAGCAGUUACAACUCCAUUUUGUCAACACCAUCCACGACAAAGCGUUCGGCAUUGUUCUCGGUUACGUCAAACUCUUUUCGCCCGAUCAUCAUCAUCACGGCCAAGAAUCUAGCUUCAAACGCAAACCGUUGGCCGAACUGUGUCAGCAUCUGAAUCCUGAAUCGUUCCUACAGUGUUUGAUUGACAUGUGUCGUGCUCUUUGGGAUGUCAUGUACAACUAUCACCAAUGUCUUGCAUUCUAUCAACGUCAGCCAUCGAGCUUGACCAAAGAGGAAAUUGAUUUGGCAGUCAAGAAGCUUUCACAUGGGGCACUGCGAGUUUGGUCAGACGUUCAGCACAAAGUUCGGAUUCUUCUCACCAGUGUCAAGUUUGUCCACCAACAACCGGGCAACCAUGCCGAUUUGAUGCAUUCUGAUGCAGCAACUAACCAGCCACCGGGCGAUGAUGUUGAUCAGAUUACUCACCACCACCACCACCAGGAUCAACUGCUGUUUAGUUUCGAAGAAUUCAUCAAGAUAUUGAGCGUGUCUGAGCGAAUGAUUGAGAUUGGCAAGCAGUUUUGUCAGCUUUACCAACUUUGCAAUCAUCAUCGGAAUGAAUUGUUGUCACCAUCAGCCAGUCCAACCAUGGAAUUGGAAAGCACGCUUUAUCAGCAGACUAGAGCCUAUGUUCAAUCCUAUCAUCAGGUGUCCAUGUUCGAGUUGAAGAUUUUCCUCGAGAAUGAGAUAUGGACCCGUUGUCCAAUCGAAACGACCGAUGAAUUUGAACUGAUUGCCAACCUGCAGGAAUUUGCAUUCAUCAAGCAACGAUUACUGCGAAUGAAAAUUCACGAAGGACAAUGUUCAACCGGGAAAAAAGACAAACUGACCAAAGCCAGUCCGUCCACAUUGCUGCUGUCGCCCGUUGCUUCUGGCACGACCAGAGCAUGCUACUUUGUCGCGGACGAUUUGGACGCUGAUGAUGAUGUUUUAUCGCUGCGGGUAUCGGUGUCGCCUUUCGAUGAACUCAUUACCCGUGAUACAAUCAUUUCUCAGCAGACAUUCGACUCUGAUUCCGACAGAGAUGAUGAUCGAUGUGACAUUCGACCACCGAACGAUUCCGUGUCAAGCUCCAAGAUGGAGAUUGUGACCACCAACACGGCUUUGAAUGUGGUUCGAUUGAUGGGCCGUUACAUGAACAUAAUGUUUCUGUUGCGGCCAAUUUCACAUGAUAUCAUACAAGCGUUACUCGAACUAUUUGAUUAUUAUUUGUACGUGGUUUAUCACUUUUUUGCCAAAGAUGCAUUACCGGUGUCGUGGCUUGUUGUGAAUCAGCUGAGCACACCACCACCACCACCAUCAUCACAAUCGAAUCGAUUGCAGCUCAAUCACAAAUUGUCUUUGUUCAUCAAACGCAUUAAUGAGACUUUGAUUUCGAAUAAUGGGACUUUUAUCCUGAAAGACGACGAGAUUGGAUCGGCAAAUUGCUCUCCUUCGAAGGCUGCUUGGUCAAUGCCCAAAUAUCCAUGUCCUGAUCUUUCAGAAUAUGUUCCUAUUCAAUUGGCCGAUCGACACUAUGCUCUUGGUGAACGUAUUAUGGCCAUCCAGUCCAUGAUUUUCAUAGGCCGUCAAUUUUAUCACCUUUGUCCGUUGCUGUUGGAGUUUUUACGACCCGACGAUGAACAAGAUGAUGAUGAAUCAUCCUGGAGUCUGAAUGCUGAAACGUCGAAAAUGACAAAGGACGGAUUCAUCAAGGGUAUUCAAUUCUACCACGACAAGAUGUGGUCGAGUGUGGCAAGUUUGCAGUAUCAGUGUUUAUACGCCGUGGUCACCAAAUUAUUGCCUUACGAGACGAUCGUACAACAGAUGCAACAAACUCGUUGGGAUCUGAAAGAGAUACCAUCCAUACAUUCGCCAUAUGUCAACGUUAUUGUUGAGCAAUUGAAUCGCUUCGAUGCUGCCUAUGGCCAAUUGCUGCAUUCACAUGACCUGACCUUUCUUACGGCCAGUUUGAUCGAAGAUGACCACGUCGAUGGUGAUGAUGAUGAUGGUGAUGGUGAUGAUGAUGAUGAAGAUGGAAACAUUAUGCCGUUGACCAAACUUGAAUGGUUGUCUAGACGAAUUCCAAUAACUCUUUGGGAAUGCCUGUUGCGUGCCUUGAAUCGAACGUUCAUCGAGGGAUUCUCAACUGUUCGCAAAUGCACAAACGAAGGUCGAGCUUUAAUGCAAUUGGAUUACGAACAAUUUCUGUCGCAUAUGGAAAAACUGAUGACACCCUGCUACUAUUACUAUUACUACACGAACCAACAAACUGCCAAAAGCAGCCUGAAAAGCUAUCUGGCCAACGAACGUCUUCAAGUGGAAGAAUACAUCAAAGCAUUCUACAUUACCGAGUCUACAUUCGCCGAUUGGAUCCGUCAGAAGUCAAACGUCUACACUGGAAAGCAGAUUGUAUCGCUCAUCACUUGUAUUGCUGGCGAUAACAAAAAGCUACAAAGUUCCUUGUUGUCCGUUAUCGAUGCCUCAUCGUUGGAACAUUCACAAUCAGCACCAGUGACGAAUGAGUGAGUUUAUUUCGCAGUCUACUUAUGACCAUUCCCCGUGUGUGUUUAUAUAUAUUCAUUAAAGCUUUAUUCUAUUUU